GCCUCUCGUCAGACUAGCAGCAGCAGCAGGAAGAAGAAGAAGAAGAAGAAGGGAUGUUUGCUUCCAGUGAAAGGAUAACAUCACUUGUGUACGAGCUUUUAUAAAUUGCAAAAAAAGAGAUUAAAACCACCGAAGAAUCUUAUCUGGCUGCGUCCUCUGGGAUUGAGCCGUCUCUGUGUGGAGCUGAAACAGGGGGAGAAGAUGUCCCUCUUCCAGUCGGCGCUGGAUUUCCUCGCCGGGCCCGGCUUGUCUGGAGCGGCCAGCCGGGACCAGAAUGACUUCGUCGGACAACUAGUCGAGCUCGGUGACAUGAAGCUAAGGAUCAAGAGGGUGAUCGCGGAAGGUGGGUUUGCCUUUGUGUAUGAAGCUCAGGACAUGAGCAGCGGUAAAGACUACGCCCUCAAGAGGCUGCUGUCCAACGAAGAAGAGAAGAACAAGGAGAUCAUACAGGAAGUCUGCUUCAUGAAAAAGCUGUCAGGUCAUCCAAAUGUGGUUCAGUUCAGCUCUGCUGCCUCCAUCAGCAAGGAGGAAUCAGACACCGGGCAGGCGGAGUUCCUGAUCCUCACUGAGCUGUGCAAAGGUCAGCUGGUGGACUUCAUAAAGCGGGUGGAGCAGAGGGCUCCCCUGUCAUGUGACACAGUGCUGAAAGUCUUCUACCAGGCGUGCCGUGCCGUGCAGCACAUGCACAAACAGAAGCCCCCAGUCAUACACAGAGACCUCAAGAUUGAGAACCUCUUGAUUAGUAACCAGGGCACCAUCAAGCUGUGUGACUUUGGCAGCUCCACCACAGUGUCACAUUACCCCGACUACAGCUGGUCGGCACAGAAGAGGUCCAUGGUGGAGGAUGAGAUCACAAGGAACACCACUCCAGCGUACCGAACACCAGAGAUGAUCGACCUGUACUCCAACUUCCCCAUAAAUGAGAAACAAGACAUCUGGGCCCUCGGAUGCAUCCUCUACCUGUUGUGUUUCAAGCAGCACCCAUUUGAGGAGGGUGCAAAGCUGCAAAUCGUUAAUGGGAAAUACUCCAUCCCUCAGAACGAUGUCAAGUACACUGUGUAUCACGAACUCAUACGUUCCAUGUUAAAGGUGAAUCCAGAAGAGCGUCUGUCCAUCACAGAGUUGGUCAACCAGCUCCAGGAGAUAGCAGCAGCACGCAACGUCAACCCCAAGUCUCCCAUUACAGAGCUGCUGGAGCAGAACGGAGGUUUUGGCAACAACGGAGCCCAGCCGCCCACCCAGAUCCACAACGUUCAAAACAAUGCAGGCAUGUAUGAUCCUGAUCAGUCCGGCAGCGGCAUCCUGGAUAUCUUAAGAGGAGGAACAGAGCGCUUCCUGACAAACAUAAAGGACACUUCCUCUAAGGUCAUCCAGUCAGUAGCCAGCUAUGCCAAAGGGGACCUCGAUAUUUCAUAUAUCACCUCCAGAAUAGCAGUCAUGUCUUUCCCAGCAGAGGGGGUUGAGUCUGCGAUAAAGAACAACAUUGAGGAUGUCCGACUGUUCUUGGAUUCACGUCAUGCUGGCCACUAUGCUGUCUACAACCUCUCCAAACGAUCAUACAGGCCUUCUCGAUUUCACAACAGGGUUUCAGAGUGUAAAUGGCAAGUUCGCCGUGCCCCCAACCUCCGCAGUCUCUACAGUGUAUGUAAGAACAUGCAUCUAUGGCUCAAACAGGACCAGAGGAACAUCUGUAUAGUACACUGUCUGGACGGCAGGGCAGCAUCAGCGGUGGCAGUGUGCUCCUUCCUGUGUUUCUGUCGUCUUUUCACCACAGCUGAGGCUGCUGUAUACAUGUUCUCCAUGAAACGAUGCCCACCUGGCAUAGCCCCCUCACACAAGAGGUAUAUAGAGUAUAUGUGUGACAUGAUGGCAGAAGAGCCCAUCAUCCCCCACAGCAAGCCCAUAGUUAUUCGCUCCAUCGUCAUGACACCCGUGCCGCUGUUCAACAAGCAGCGUAAUGGGUGCAGGCCAUUCUGCGAAGUCUAUGUUGGAGACGAGAGGGUCCUCACCACAUCACAGGAGUACGACAGGAUGAAGGAUUUUAAGAUGGAGGAUGGGAAAGCGGAGAUUCCCCUGAAUGUGACAGUCCAAGGAGAUGUACUAGUGGUGAUCUAUCACGCAAGAUCUACACUGGGAGGACGUCUACAGGCCAAGAUGGCAUCAAUGAAGAUGUUUCAGAUCCAGUUCCACACAGGCUUUGUCCCCAGAAAUGCGACCACUGUAAAGUUUGCCAAGUAUGACCUGGAUGCCUGUGACAUUCAGGAGAAGUACCCAGACUUGUUCCAGGUCAACUUGGACAUCGAGGUGGAACCCAGGGAUAGACCCAGCACCAAGUCUCCUCCAUGGGAGGGCUUCCAAACCAAGGGCCUCAACCCCAAAAUCCUUUUCUCCUCUCGUGAAGAACAGCAGGAGAUCCUCAGCAAAUUUGGUAAACCCGAACUGCCUCGUCAACCAGGCUCCUCAGCAUUUUAUGACUCAGAAAUGCCCCAGCCAGCACAGACCCCAGAAAGCUCCAACGCAACAGAUCCAGAGUCUCCUGAGAGCACUGAUACCAACGCCAACAACUUCUUCCAGACACUGGAUUGGGAAGAUGUGGGCAGCCCUCAGGAUGCAACAGACAGUCAAGGGGGAGGAUCCCUGAAUGACCAAGAAGACCUGAGUGAUCAGUCAGAAGGAGAAUCAUACUCUUAUUCUGCUCCCAGUGGGGAGGUUCUGUCACGAGACCCCAGCGAACCACUGUUUGACGCAGAUUUCCAGACCUCCACUCCCGCAGCCCAGGACUCUCCUGCCAAUGACACAGCUGACCUCUUGGGGUUGAACGCUGACUCUGAACAUCCUCCAGUGUCCUCAUCAUCUUCCUCUUCUGCUCCUCAUCAAGGAGCCCAGGGAGGUCUGAAAGCCUCCUCCAGUAACAGUGACCUCCUCAAUGACCUGUUUGCACCCCCUGCUGGGCAGACAGCAGCGGUGCAGGAAGACUUGUUCUUCAGCGGGGCAACCAGCCAGGCCACACCGGACUCAAAACCCAUGGGCGACCUGUUUGAUCCGUUUGGGAUGGGGUCCAGCUCUGGUGUUGGCUCCAGCGUGGGUUCAUCUCGUCAAGCAUCCGGACCGGACAUAUUUGGAGACCUGUUGGGUUCUGAUAGUUCUGCUACCAGUGGGUUUAGUUCAGCUCAUGGUAACCCCACCCCUGCCUCCAACACCAGCCUCUUCAACCUCAAUAAGAUAGUGAAUGAUGUUCCUAAGAUGACCUCAUCUGCCAGUCAACCAGACCUGCUGGGUGGCUGGGACAGCUGGGCAGCUGGCACAUCUACUGGAAUGAACUCCACCGCCAGCAAACCCACCUUCACCAACACAGCUUCUGGUGCAUCAUCUAUGUCGAAGGCCAAGUCUCAGACCUUUGAUCCUUUUGCCGAUUUGGGAAACCUGGCCUCAAAUCUGCCAGGUUCCUCCAGCAGUAAUUUCUCCAAGGCUUCUUCAAAGGCUCCUUCCUCCUCCUCCUCUUCUGCCUCUGCUAAGGUUCCAGGUCAGCCCUGGCAGUCUGGAAGACCUGUCUCGGCCCACAACAAACCCUGGAUGUCUGGAUCCGGGUCUGCACCCAAACCAACAGUAACAUCAACACCCCAGCCUGCAGCUGCACAGACCAGCAAACCGAACUACAACCUCAACUUCGCCAGUGUCAUUGGAGGAAGGGAGGAGAGGGGAGUUCGUGGGCCUGGAUUUGGGCCCAAGCCGAAGGUAAAGGAGGAUGAUUUUGGGGACCUGCUGUCAACUCAGGGUUUUUCCUCCAAGCAUGAUAAAAAAGGGCCAAGAACCAUUGCUGAAAUGAGGAGACAGGAGAUCACCAAAGACAUGGAUCCACUUAAACUGCAGAUUUUGGAUUGGAUUGAAGGAAAGGAGCGAAACAUACGAGCGCUGAUGUCAACUCUGCACACGGUGCUGUGGGAGGGUGAAACCCGCUGGAAGCCUGUUGGCAUGGCUGAUUUGGUCACACCCGACCAAGUGAAGAAGUACUACAGGAAAGCUGUACUGGUCGUCCAUCCAGAUAAGGCAACAGGUCAGCCUUAUGAACAUUACGCUAAGAUGAUCUUUAUGGAACUUAAUGACGCCUGGUCAGAGUUCGAAAACCAGGGAUCCAAAGCACUCUUCUGAAACCCCUGGUCUGGAUCCCAGCUAGACCAGACCAGACCAGACUGGACUGGAUUUGGCCUAAUCAGACAAGAGUUAGCCUGGGCCAGAUUGGACAGGACUGAGCCCACAUUGGGCCUUUGGGGGUGCAGAGCCUCUGAGAGGUGUCCUCUCUACCAUUCCCUUCACUCCCUUCUUCCUUCUUUACUUUCUUCUGUUCCUAUAGUCAAGGAAAAGACAUUUUGCCUCAUACCUGGCUGUAGUGAAAAUUUCCUCACUGGCUCAUAAACAGCCAGUUAAAAACAUUGUGAUCGUUCUUAAACUCACUGCCUACCUGUACGACUGCCUGAAAGGUGCUGCAUUCAUCAGGAGGGAGGAAUGGGUGACAAUCACAUGAAGAAGACAAAAUGGGAAGAAGAUCAGAUGAUACAAAGACUUUAAAAAUAACCAAGCUAAUUAUCAUGACAGUGAUAUACAGAUGAAAAGAUUUAAUGACCCUCAGUAACAAAAUGCUGAUAGUUUUGGCUAUGGCUGGUAAGUUUGUUAUUUGUGCCUGCCACUAUUGCAAACCAAAGGUCAUUUGCUGACUGGUAAAAAAAAAAAAAAAAAAAAGAGGCUGAAAUGGCUCUACAUUUUUCAGCAUGCCAGCCAACAUGAGUCUGCAAAACACAAUGUGAAGGCUAAAUUUCUAAGCUAUGUUGCUUUAAAAAUAGGGGAAAUUGGACAGUGAAUCGUACCUCAGCAAUUGACUUUUGAGAAAUCAACUUGUUGAGGAAACACCUGGUUGGGUUUGAAAAACAAACAGGCCCACUCGUAGGCCAGUUGCCUGCUGAACACUACUUGUGCUGCUUCUACCAUUACAGUUAUUGCUACACACACACACACACACACACUCUCUCUCUCUCUCUCCUCAGACUGAUGUUAAAACCUGCAUCUUAAACAGCCAACUUCUGAUAAAGGAGCUUCACUUGUUUGAAAGCCCAAUAUAAUCCCAAGAGGGCCGUCUGUUGUUUUUGAAGUGCUCUUUUUAGCCUAAAUGUUGACAAUUCCACCCAAUCAGGCUACAAUAUGUAGCUAACUGCAUGCUCUCCCACACCAAGCCUCCAGACAACAGGGGGAGGUGUGUUUGAUUUCAAACCAGGGUAGUCCAAACGGGUGGUAGCUCUUUCAUUGAAGUGCUCUUUCCUUGUAGCAGAAACGGAGAAGAGUCAACCUGCUUCAUUUCACUAGGUGGCAGACUACAUACCAUCCCAGCACUCACACUGCUCAUUGCUUUUACUGACAGCCAUCUUGAGCACCUCAGACAUCACUGUCAUCACUAAUUAGCCCCUCUCUUUGUUUCUGUUGACCCUGCCCACCUCCAGCACCUUGUUCUGUGGACAUUUUUCGUCAGUGCAUAGGAGGAGAUUAAAAAAGUGAAGGAACGAAAAGAGAAUAUGAUGAUUUAAUCUGGUUGCUAUUGGUUUUAGCUUUUCUUGUAUUUUUGGGGGGGUUCAUUCUGUGUUUGUAUUGAGCUUUUUGUCAUGUUAAUCAUCACUUCAUUGUAAAUAUGAAAAUAUUAUCAUCCAUCAAGUGGCUUUGUUAAGAUUAUAGCCUGGGCAGUUGGGCAUGAAUGGUGUGUCUUUUUUGUGCGUGCAUGUGAGUAUGCAAGUGUGUGGGUGUGUGUUUCUUUCCAGAGGUGAAUAAUGAAACCUUGUUAGACAUCAUGCUUUAUCAUUAUUAUUAUUUCACACUUUUCUUUCUUAAUUUAGUGUUUUCCUAGAUGUUUGUUUGUCUUAUCAGAAACCUUUCCAAUAUGCUUUUUUUUCUCCUUUUAUUUUUAUUUCACAUUUUACCUCAUGGACCAAUCAAAUCACCCGUUUUCUUAUUUAUUAUGUUUUUGGGAUGGUCAGGGGUUAAAAUGACAUGUAUUCGUGCAUAUUAAUGGCACAAGUUAAAAUUGCAGAUAAUAUAUAAGUAGAAUGUUCUGAGUGCAAGUGGGACAGUUGUUGGUUGAUCACCAUGAGCCUCUUUGUUGCUGUUUUCAUUCCAAAGCAUCUAUUAUUAAUACGAAUGUGCUUUUACAAAUAUAUAUCCUCUCGUUGUUAUGCGGUAUGUGUUUAUUUGUCUGUUCUGUCUGUCUUUUCUUUUUUUUUUACCUUUUUGGUUUCUUUUCUUCUCUGGCAGAACUAAAGCUGUUGCUGAGAACACCGCUUCUGUUUUGCAUUUUGACAUUUUGUUGAAAUUCCAACACGAGGGGCCAGUAAAUUUAAGUCAGAAAAAAAAAUAAAAAAUAAAACUGAUGCUUGAAAUUCAGUUGAAACUCACUUUGACAGUAUGAUCAUAGUAUAAAGAGGGACAAUUGCAAAACCACAUAUCGGCAGUGUUUACUGUACCCAAAUUACGUCAUACUAAUAUGAAUGUAGAUUUCAAUGCAAAAAGAAAUAAUUAAAAAAACCUUUUGAUCUGAGGCAACUAU